AUGGCGGCACCGCCUCUGACCCCCCCUCCUCGUCCCGGGGAACAGUGCGAAGACUAUGAACGGCGCAGGAAGGCCCUGCAGCGCCUGCAGCAAAGCGGGAGCGGCAAGCUCGACCACCACCAGCACCACCACCACCACCAGCAGCAGCACCACCAGCACCACCAGCAGCACCAGCAGCAGCAACCAGCAGGGGUUCGAGACUAA